AUGAGUAGACUUGAAGGCAAGAUCAUCGCUGUGACGGGCGCAGGGGCUGGGUUCGGACGAGCGAUUGUUCAAAAGCUCAUCGCUGAGGGAGCCAAGGUCUUGGGGAUCGACCUCAUCGCUUCAAACAAUGAGGAGACCGCAUCGUUGUGCCCAAAUGGCACGUUCUUUCAAUUAACAGCAGAUGUGGCGGCAGAGGAAACAUGGCAGAAUGUGCUGCGUCUUAGCAACGAACACUUUGGUCAUGCUCCUACUGUCAUCGUCAACUGCGCCGGUGUUGUCCAUCUCGGCCAAGAACCCCAUUUGGUCUCUGAGUGUGAAUUUGACAAUGUGUUCAAGGUGAACGUGAAGCCGCUGUAUCUCAGCACUAAGGUGAUCGUGCCUUUCUGGAUCGAGAACAAGAUUGAGGGACAUUUCAUCAAUAUUGGAAGUAUCAGCCAAGCGAGACCCAGACCGACCACUGUUUGGUACGCUGGGAGCAAGGGGGCGGUGACAGCGGUAACUCGAGGCUUAGCUGCAGCAUACGCCAAACACCGUAUUCGUUUCAACGUGAUAAGGCCCUCUAUCGGAGAAACGGCAAUGUCCGUAAUGCAGACAGAUCUCUUAAAUACAAAAAACUGUGCUGAUCUGUCCAUAGGCUUCCUCGGGUACAAGGUGGCGAAGACACUCCAGAAGGACGGGCAAAGCGACUAG